AAAUGAGAGCAACGUAUUUUCCACCACCAUUGACUGAUCUAUCACAUGUACAGUGGUGUGAACAAAAUAGAAACAACCAUAAGGUGUUGUGAAGUUUUAAAAUAUGCUGUUUUCUUAUUAAAUAAAAUUGUUUUUAGAUACAUAACAUAACAUAUAUAUCGUCACCUGAAAUGCAAAAUAACGUAUCAUCAAAAAAUUCGAAAUUGAGUGUCUUAUUGAUUACGCUUCACUACUUCAAAUUAUAUACAUAAUAUUAAAUAUGUUCAACAUUUUCUGGUUCUGCGGUCAUAUAUAAACCAGUUUUAACCAAUAUUAAUAUUUUGUUUCACUCAUGUUCCAUUUUAUUCCGUGUUUCAUUCAUGCCACUGUAAAUUUCUGAAAAUGUUGUUACGUUAAUUUGCAUUUCAGGUGACGAUAUAUUUUUUCCUAACAGUGAUUAAAAUUUCCCACCAUGCAAAGGUAAAUAAAAACAAAUUUUAUUGCGAAAUUGUAAACUCUGCAAAUUAUGUUUACCCCUUUUUGUUCACACAACUGUACAAUUCCGAUAUGAAGUAAACUUCCACCCUUAAAUUUGUGUACAAUGUCAGUAUUGCCGCAAUCACUCUGCGAUGAACAUCAAGUUACGGAGGGAUGUAAUUCAUUUUUUUCGCAAUUUUUCUCAACUUGUUAUGCCCUUCUCUCCGUAAACUUAUAUUCCCCUCAUCUAGCCCCCGUGCGCACUUUGCUAACUUUGCGGGCUAAAAAUGUGCCCAUCCCUGCUUUGGGCGAAAAUUCGCCAUGUUCACAUUGUGACUGGCGAAUGAACACAUUCGCUCAACUUUUUUGUUGCCAUACUAAAAUAAUUGAGAAAUGUCACACGAGUUCAUCCGAAAUUGACAUAUUUGACGUAUUAUUGUUAUUGUUUUGAAAUUUUAUUAUUCGCUUAUUCGUUAUUGUGUGUUUUGAAAUUUUACCGUGAUUUUAAAAAAGUGAAUAAAAAUGUUUAACAACGUAGAUUUGUAUUUUGAAGACAGUUAUGUUGAAAGGACAACAACGAAGUUACUUAGGCAGCGACGGUUCAUCAGAGAUCACUCUAAUCCCAUGGAACUUUCUUCAGUGUUGUAUCUAUUGCUAUAAAAGUGCAUAAACAAAUAUCACGUCACAUAAGUUUUUAUUAACAGAUUUAAAGAAAACUUUCGGUUAAGUAAGGACGCAUUUAUGUAUGUGCUAGACAGCAUAAAGGAAAAAUGUCCGACUAACCUAUCGUCGUCAAUAUCGCCAAUGUUGAAACUGUGCUGCGUUCUCAGAUUUUUUGCUCAUGGGAGCUAUCAGCAAACAGUGUUUAAUGAUUUCCAACUAGGUAUUGCGCAGCCCACUGUUUCGUUGAUUUUUAAGGAAAUGCUUCCGAUAUUGGAAUCCACUCUGUGCAGUGUCUGGAUCAAAACAGACAUAACUGACGAGCAGAAACGAACAAGAAGGAAAUUUUUCACCAGAGCUGGAAUUCCAAAUGUGGUUGGUUGCGUUGAUGGAACCCAUGUUGCAAUUAUUGCUCCAUGUGAGAACAAGCACUUAUAUAUGAAUAGAAAAGGAUUUUACAGCAUAAAUGCGAUGAUUGCGUGCGAUCAAGAUAUGGUUAUUCGGUGUGUUGAUGCAAGAUAUGGAGGAUCUAGCCACGACUCAUUUGUGUGGAACAAUAGCGCAUUAAAAACAUAUCUGGAGCAAACAUACCAAAGAGGAGAUCAUAAUUCGGUUUACUUAGGUGAUUGUGGUUAUCCACUACACGAGUAUCUAUGGAGGCCUUUCCGAAACGCUUUACCAGGAUCAGUGGAAUCAAAUUUUAAUAAGAAACAUGCAAAGGCAAGGAACGUAGUUGAGCGGACAAUUGGAGUGAUGAAAUGUCGUUUUCGUUGUAUACUACGUGAACGUAAACUACGAUAUCCUCCUAGUAAAGCAACUGUUAUUUCAAAUGUUUGUUGUGCUUUACACAAUAUUUGCAAACAAUAUAAUGUGAAUGAUCCUGAAGAAGAAACUUUUGUUGAUGUCGUAGUACCACUAAAACCAGUUGAAGGAAACUUCAGUGGAACAGCAGCAGAUCAUCGCCGAAGACAAAUUGCGAAUGCAUUGUCGUAGUUUAGUUGCAUCCCUAAAGUAUAUGUAAAAUAUAUGUAUGUAUCAGAGGCCUGCACGAUUAAGGUAGGCAUCGUACGAUUACGUUACUAAGUAACACUUCUGACGAUUACCACGAUGCGAAGGUAACAUUGCGCAUCGGCAUCGCGGCAUCGUGGCAUCGUACGAUUACUAUCUGGUAUCGUCAAUGGCAAAUGAAACGCUAUAGUCUUACAUGAUGUUAAUUCGUUGCUGGCUCGACAACGACUGAACGAUAGAGCAGAGCCGCUCAAAAUAAUGCGCAAUUUAUUUACCAACGCAUACAAUCACACAUUUGAUAUCUGCUAGCGUAUGAUUGUGUGCGCGCGCUUGCUUAGUACACUGAGUGAAAUCGUGCUAUUUGGUUAUUUUGUUAUUAAAAAUUUAGAAAAAAAUAAAAAAUUAUGGUUUUUGAUUAAAAAAGCAAUUAAGAACAACAAUAAUUUUAAGUUAAUUUUUUUAACUUUCCAUGAUUUUUUCCAUAUCGACUUCAAGAUCGUAAGUUUUGAUUCUCAUUAAGUCCUCUAUAUGCUUAUUCGAAACUGAAUUCCUGUAUUUCGAGUGUAUUUUUUACGCUGGCAGAAUUAGCGUCAUAGCGUACAUGCUUCGACUGCAUUUGCUUGCCUAUACUCCGAGUAUAGGCAUGAAAAAUUUUGAGCGGCUCUGCGAUAGAGCGUAAGCGUACGUGUGAAGUUAGUUUCCACAAUUGUUCUAAGAAAUGCCGACCGCCGCCGCUUGCUAACAUGUUACUUUUUUAAUUACUCGUGCAGGACUCUGGUAUGUAUAUGUAACAUAACUACAAUAAAAUAACUGAAACUAAUUUUGAAUAUGCAGAAAAUACGUUUUUUUAUUUUGAGUAUUUAAAUUUUUUUAAUUCCAAUUCUUUUAGUUUUAUUUCAAUUUUUUCUUUAUGUCGCCUAUUUUUUUCUUUAUUUUCUUCCUUCUUUCUUUCUUCUUUCAUUUUAUAAAGCGCCAAUUUUUCUUUUUUUAAUUCGUAAAUUUUUCUGUUGUAUCUAGAAAUUUCAUUACACAACGAAUUAAUAUUUUGCAUAAUACCGACAAGGCUUUCUUGCGUUUCUGCUUGUUUCUCCAAAGCCUUCAUACGCAAAUUUUCGCGGUCCUCCACUUUGCUUGUAGGCUGCACCUCGACAUCUUCCAGAUGUUCUUCUUCUAAAUAUGCAGGUGCAGGUGUAGUGCUACCAAAUGCGGCUCCGCUUGGAUUUACUGCCUGCUGCAAGCUGAGCAGCUCGUCCACGGCCUGCUCCAAAGGCGUUAAACUCCGUUGGUUGUAUGGUCCUCCACCUGUGGCUACAAUCUCUUUUCGAUUAUCUGCAAUUUUCCUUUUUAAUUUUAGCUUAUAGUCCAACCAAACCUAAGAAAUACACAAAUCAAUACAGAUAUGUACAUAUAUGCAAUCAAAAUUGUUUAUUCUUACUUUAUUCCAUUCGCUGCCACUACGUAUUGGAGUUUAACUCUGAAGCAAUACCUUCCCACAACUCCAUCCUAUUUUUUUUUUGUUGAGCCAAACAUCGCCAUUCCUCUGGCUAGCACAGGAUUUCCUUCCAUCAACUUCACGAGUACCUCAAAUUGCUUUUGAGUAUUUCGUUUUAUUCUAAAAAUAAUUAAAUUUGUAAUAAAUUAAAUACAAUAAAUAAAUUUUUAAAAUUUUACUAACGUUUUCUCCAUUUUUAAUUAGAUUCUCGAAUCAAACAAACGUUCGCCAAAUUUUGACAGUUGAGGUGAAGCGAAUUUUAUAAAUUCGCAAGUGGCAAUACCAAAUAUUCAUUUUCGCUAGUUCUUUCGCCACUUCGUGGCGAAUUUACUGUCCGCUCGCUACUCGCAAUUCGAAAUAGCGAAAUUCGCCUAAAAUUUCAUUCGCUUCGCUAGUGACAAUACCAGCCUUAAUAUUGGCCCGUGAAGAGCACUAAUUUUGGUUUGCCACAAUUCAAUGAGCAGGGCAGGGGGAUUCUUUUGUUCUUGCAAGAUUGCACGAUGACACAAAAUGCAAAAAUCCUAUACCGAAAUAUGCAGGGCCAAGAGGGCACCCAUUGUAGAAUCUAGUGAUAUAUGAACGGCCGAUUCAGUUAAUUUAUUGAGAAUGACUAUUGUGUAUGACUGUUAUGAAUUAGCACACCUUCUGCAUACAUUCUUAACAAAAAACUGUAACAAAUCUUUAUAAUUUAAAUAGAAAUUAUAAAAUCGGAUUUUAAAACUUACCUUCCUUAACAAUUUAACUACGAAAUAUUUAUUGCACAAAAAUAAACAUGGGUUUUGGUCUGCCAUAUUUUACAGCCAUUGCAAAUAAUUUUCUGCGUGUGUUUGUUAUUGUGCCGUUGCACCAAGAGGAAAAUUCUGCAAUUCGUGCACCGUGCAAGGAUUUUGCAAGAGCAAGAGAAUCCACCUAAUAGGACAAUAUCAAGUGACAGCUGUAUUUGUAUAUGGAAUAUAAACAAGUAUCAAGUGACAACUUAGGGCCGGAAAAAUAUGUCUUCCUAUAAAAUCUAUUAAACUAGAGCAAAAAAUGGCACAUCAAGUGCUAAUUGAGCUCGAUAGGGCUGCACUCCUACCUAGAGCAGGCACCGAUUAUAAUGAGUGGAAUGUAAUUUUUCAAAUAGUUUUCAGCGAAAACUGGUUUUCAAUGUGUUUUCGUUUGACAGAUUUUACAUGGAUGAAAAUACAAGCUUUAGGGCGAAAACCCGUUUUUCCCACGGAAACAUAUUUUCAUUGUCGGUCCGAACAUAGUAUUUGCUAAUCCGAAAUCUGUCGCGGACAUCUUUAUCGUCACAUGGCUUGAAGAAUUUUUGCCGGGACCCGAUUUCUUUUGUUCGUCGCAUUAUUAUAAUAUUCCACAGGUCAUCGUAUUCUGAGUCCCUGUCAAAAUCCCAAUUCGAUUCCAUAUUUUUUUCACAAAAUAUAAUUUAUUUCAAAACAAAAAUCAGCUGUUAUGUAAGCACUGCUUAAGUCUCGCUUUUCAGUACUUAAGCAUAAAAUACAUAAGUAUGAACUGUAAAACACUAUUUUCCUGUUUUAUCUUAAGUACAACAUAAGUAUGGACUGUGAAACCGGGAAUUAUUGUGAAAUGAAAUACGUAAACGUAAAGAUAUCUUAGACUUUAUUUGAGUUACUGCUUGUACGGGCAGACGGACGAAUAGAUAGCUAUCCACAAUGCAAAUCGUUGCAUGGAUGACCACCAGCUUGAGAUAAACAAAACUAACUAUUAUACUCUGCAGUACCAUAUUGCAAGAGUAUAAACGUCUUUCACCUAAUUUUGUGAAAACAGCUCAUAUACAGAUUGAGAUAUUCAAUAUAAAGUAUGUUAUAAUAACGAAAUUAUUGUAUAUGGGAAUAUGUGUAAUGACUAUAUACAUUUUUUGCAUUAAACUAUAGAAUAUUCAAUAUUAAACUUAUUAAAAUACCUUAAUAUUAACCUAUAGAUUCCAAGUACUUUUUGUAGUUUUCAACAGAACCUUUAUAUGAGAAAUAGAA